AUGAUACAAUCGACGAUAUUGCUCUUUUCUGUUUUCAUCCACGUGUACACCAUUCCAGUCGACAAUGGUGUGGAAGGUGAACCUGAAAUAGAAUGUGGUCCCACUUCAGUUUCAAUCAAUGUCAAUACAAGAAAUGGAUUUCACGGGCAUGUUUACGUUAAAGGCUUUUACGAUCAUAACGAGUGUCGCACAAAUGGUGACGAACGACAGGUUGCGGGGAUAGAAAUACCUAUUGAUUCUUGCAAUGUGGCACGGUCACGUUCUUUAAAUCCCCGCGGUAUCUUUGUUACUGCAGUAGUUGUCAUCACCUUUCAUCCGCAGUUCAUUACAAAAGUUGAUAGAGCCUAUCGUAUUCAGUGCUUUUAUAUGGAAGCUGAUAAAACCGUUAGCACAGAAAUUGAAGUAUCUGACAUGACUACGCUAUUUCAAACUCAAUUAGUACCAAUGCCAGUUUGCCGUUAUGAGAUUUUGCAAGAUGGACCAACUGGUACACCUGUGAAAUUCGCAACCAUUGGAGAACCUGUAUAUCACAAAUGGACGUGCGAUUCAGAAACAAUAAAUACAUUUUGUGCCACCGUACAUUCUUGUACUGUUGAUGACGGUAACGAGAAUACAGUGCAGAUUUUGGAUGAAAAUGGCUGUGCACUAGACAAAUAUUUACUAAAUAAUUUGGAAUAUCUUACAGAUUUAAUGGCUGGACAAGAAGCUCAUGUUUAUAAAUACGCUGAUCGAUCAGAGUUAUAUUAUCAGUGUCAAAUUAGCAUAACAGUCAAAGAAUUGAACAAUGAAUGCCCUCGACCACAAUGCUCUGAACCCCAAGGCUUUGGUAUCGUAAAGUCAGCUGCUGCACCUGCUCCAGCAGCUUCAGCUCUUUCUCCUCGAAACGUUCGACUUGUCAGGAAACGAUCGGCUGAUUACAAUACGAUGGAUGUCAGAACUGACUACAGCGUCCUAGACAUCACCGAACAGGCUAGUUAA